AUGGGUUCCAGUAUGAAGAAAAAGAAGGAGAAGGCAAAGGACUUCAAGAAAACGAAAUUGAAAGUCGGCAAGGAUAAGGCCAAGGCCUCCAAUUUCACAGAUACAAGCUUCAAGGCCAAAGCAAUUGUCAUGGGACAUCAAUCCUUGUCGACAGAAGCACCCGACGUCGUCCAGCAAUUCAAGCACAACCUUUCUCUCGCCUCCUCCUCCCGCUCCGACAGGCAGCGCAAAGACGCACUCGCUUACCUUACCAGCCAGCUCGCCCUUGAGCCUCCCGUCAACCCCGUAGGCACCGCCGCGAUUCUCGCCAAGCUCGUUCCGCUCAUCUCCGACAACGCAACGCCUGUCCGGCAGCAGCUGCUCAAGCUGCUGCGUAUGCUGCCCGCUGACGAAGUAAAACCCGUCAUCGAGCACAAUAUCAUGUUUAUCCGCGCCGGCAUGACGCAUCUCUCAAGUGACAUUAGCAACGAUGCACUCGCAGCCUUGGACUGGCUGCUCGACGUUGCCGAUGACGAGCUCGUGAUGUGCCCCGGCGGCUGGGUGCGUACGCUGACAACGUUUUGUGCCGUCAUGGGCUGGGGCGUCGCAUCUUCGACCAAAGGCUGGACGUCGGCCGCCAAUUCCCGGACGACGUUGAAGCCCAAAGACGCGCAGAACCGUGCUAAGCAAAUAGUGACGCUAUCGAGGCUCCUGCAGGCCGGCUUCAAGGAUGAAGUACCGACCGAGUCGACGAGUGCUCAAUUCUGGGAUAAUCUUUACGUAUUACCACGCUCGGUGAGCUCAUUUGAAUAUCUAAAUCUAUUCAUGGCGCAACGAGACGAGGAUGCGGAAAUGUAUCCUAAUAAAGAGGCCAGACAGCAAAUAUUUCACAAGCGCUUUCUGGAGGCCAUAUCAAAAGGAGUAGAUCAAACUAAGCAAGAGGGUGGCGUUACGGGAAGAGCGGCAGUUGGGCUGGAACAAGUGAUUGCAAAGGGUAUGAAGGAUUUCGAGGUAUCAACAGCACUAGAUACGCAGGACUUGUUGGAAUUGUGGUGA